GUGGAUAGUGGUUUCUAGCACACCUAUCUUCCUCGCCGUUCGAACCAAAACUACAUUUCUGGUGUCAUACCCUUCGCCCCUUCACAUCAAAUUUUGAAACUUUGGUACCCAUGUCCUCUUCUCUCUCUCCACCGCUUUCUGGGUCCUUCAUCCACGAUUCUUCCUUCCUCCGUGGAACAAAACUUUUUCCCCUUUCUCGAAGAGUGCCACCACGCGGCUUCAGCUCUUUCUCUGCUAAGUGCUCCCUCGACCACGUCCCCAAACAGUUCAGAAAGGAAAAUCUUGCAGAUGGAUUGACGCAAAACUACAAGAACGUACCUCAAUAUCUAUAUGGCCUUACACCUUCACAAAUGGACAUGUUCACGACAGGAGAUGCUAUCGGCCGGCAAACUGAAAGAGUUACAGAGGAAAGCAUCUCAUCUGCCAAGAAUUAUAUAGAUAAUGGUGGAACGUGGAGUGUAUCUGGCAUGGGCAAAAAUGAUGCUUCAAAAUACAGCAUGAGUGUUAGAAUGUAUCAAGGAGGUUGGGGAAGUGAAAGGCCACAAACUGCUCCACCAGAUCUGCCUUCUUUGCUUUUGGAUGCUCGAAUAUGCUAUCUGGGCAUGCCGAUUGUUCCAGCUGUGACGGAACUUAUUGUUGCUCAAUUCAUGUGGUUGGAUUUUGAUAACCCAACCAAACCUAUUUACUUUUACAUUAAUUCAUCUGGAACUCAGAAUGAGAAGCACGAGACAGUGGGAUCAGAAACUGACGCAUAUUCCAUAGCUGAUAUGAUGUCUUAUGUCAAAGCAGAUGUGUAUACUGUGAAUUGUGGUAUGGCAUUUGGUCAGGCAGCAAUGCUUCUGUCGCUUGGAACAAACGGUUAUCGUGCGGUACAACCAAACUCAUCUACAAAAUUAUAUCUCCCAAAAGUCAAUAGAUCAAGUGGUGCUGUUAUAGACAUGUGGAUCAAGGCAAAGGAGCUUGAGGCAAAUUCGGACUAUUACAUUGAUCUAUUGGUAAAAGGGACAGGGAAAUCAAAGGAAGAAAUUACUAAAGAUGUCCAGAGGCCUAAGUAUCUUCAAGCACAGCAAGCUAUAGACUACGGACUUGCUGACAAAAUCAUUCAGUCAAGUUCGACGGAUUCUGCAUUUGAGAAGCGGAACUAUGAUGAAAUGCUUGCUCAAUCAAGUAUGAGGAAUCAAGGUGGUGUCGAUCCUCAAGCGUCUCCUUCGGGAUUCAGGUAAUCACACAGCGAAAGGCUACUUAAUCGCUCCGAAUGCAAUGCCCUUCAAUGCUUAUGGGUUUAAGUUGGCGCCUGGUGUAAAGGUGAAGCAGCUAUCUCAUCAAAAGGCCAAAUUGGAAACUUUCAACGGAGAGAUAUUAUAUGAAAAUUGUAUCUUGGCUGUUAGGUGACUUUUUCAAUACUUAAAUUACAUAUGCUUAGUUUUAAUAACUUAAGAAAAUGACCAGGUUUUUAAAAAUGUAAAUAUCGAACCAUUACCAAUGAGAUGGACUUGAUUGAGACA